GUCCAUUCUCUAGAUUUAAGUUGGCCUUUUUGCCACCUGACUUGCUGUUGCACCUAUUUGGUGGUCUCAGUUUCUGUAUUCAGUUCAUUAAGACACCAAACUCUUUUAAGAAAUAAGCUUACAAGUUGCUUGAGUAAACAGCUUUAAAUUGUGUUUUUUCGUAUCCAAUUUACCCGCUGCAAACUGCUAUUUACUCAAAAAAGGAUAUUGAUGUGCACAAAUACAUUAGCUCCAUACAAGUCUUCCAAGGGAAUGGAGUGAGUGGUGUGCUCAGAUAGCUUUAACAAGAUUGGGUGGCUGCCAAGUGGAAACAGACGUCCUCGUUGCUGCAAAGACUGCCAUCACUUCUUCAACCAUCCCUGGUGCAGUAUGCUGCGGUCUGUUAUAAGAUAUGAUUGGACAAAGUGUGUAUCAGGCCAGAGAAUGUUCAGCAGAAUCAGAUUAUGUUUAUGUUAUUUUGUCAAAGUCAUUGGACAAGUCCAAACCAGGAUAAAUUUAGAAAAAGAAGUUAUUUCUUAAAGCUUAGGUCCAGUACUCAAUUGUUUCUUUGCCGCAGGAAUAUCACGAAGCAUCUGUGCUCUCCCUGGUUGAUGGACUGGGCUCUACCUUUCCUGCCUGAGCCCCUGCCUCAUGCCCUGUCCAUUUCCAGGAGUUCACAGUCCACCAUGACAUCUGUCACUUGGAAACGACCACCUCGUGACUGAUGUCUUACUUUUACAUCAAUGUUGCACCCUCCUCCCCCGCCUGGUUACACUCUCCCACGUCAAUCCAACCAUGCCAAUCUCAUGGCCGGCUGGAGAAGAGUAGAGGUUCCACCGGCAGCACCACCACCACUUUUGGUGUACCACGAACGUUCGGAUUAUCAUACUCUGACAUCAUUUAGUGCAACAUACAAAAGGAUUUGCGUUCGUCUACAUGGAAGAUGAACGUGAUGCUGAAGAUGCUAUCCAUAGACUUGACAGAACUGACUUUGGUAGAAAAGGGAGGAGACUGAGAGUUGAAUGGACAAAGGAGGAUCGCAGUGGUGGUCGGAAAGGAAAUGGGAAGCGAUCUCCAAGCAGCGUGAAACCAACCAAAACCUUGUUUGUGAUCAACUUUGAUCCGAUCAACACAAGGACAAUAGAUUUGGAGAAGCACUUUGAUCUGUAUGGCAAGAUUGCAAAUAUCAGAAUCAGAAGGAACUUUGCAUUUGUCCAGUAUGAAACACAGGAAGAUGCUACUAAAGCUCUGGACGGUACUAAUGGAAGCACUGUGAUGGACAGGGUCAUCUCUGUUGAGUAUGCACUUCGUGACGACGAUGAAAAAAGGAACCGGUACAGUCCAGACAGGAGAGGAGGAGGCCGUGAUAGAUCUCCGGACAGAAGGGACAACCGCGGUAGGUCCGCAAGUCCUUAUGGCAGAGGGCGGGAAAGGGGCAGCCCAGACUAUGGCAGGGGCAGGGAGAGGGGCAGCCCGGACUAUGGCAAGGGUGGUGCCAGAGAUAGUCCUGACUAUGUCCGUGGUGGAAGCCCAUACGGCAGCAAAGGGGAUGACAGGGCUAGCCCCAAGUAUGACCGUGAACGCCGUGAAGCCAGUCCUGCCUAUGACAGGCGCCGCAGCCGCUCGCCUGCAAGGUCGCCUGCAAGGGAAGAUAGGGACUGAAACUGUGGAUGGUUGUGCUCAACGCCACCUGCUUCGGACCAAAUGGCCGCACCUGUCAUAGUGUGAUGCUCACUCAAGUUGGUUAUGUUAAGUAGCCAGAAACUUCUGUAAUAUCUCUCUAUUAGCUAGCUCUAGCUGAAUGCUUUGUCGAUUUGGUUUGAACUGUGAUGAUUGUUAGCUUAAACUUUGUCCAAACGGAUUCUUUCAGUGAGACCAUUUGCGGAGCGAUGAGAUGUACCGUGUAUCGACCGACAGCAGUAUUCUAGCUUUGCACUUUGGUUAUUCUUC